GUAGUAGAAUCAAAACGUACGUCUUAAAAACUAUGGGAAGUAUCGUGGAGCCAUGGGCAAUCGCCGAGAACGGAAACGCAAACGCGACCGCAAAAGGGUUAAGCAGGGAGCUGCGACAUGGGAGAACAGCACACAACAUGUCUUCAUCGUCGUUAAGAAAGAAAUCAGACCUGAGAUUGAUUCAGAAAGUUCCAUGCAAAACUCUCAAGAACAUUCUCUCUAAUCUUCAAGAAGUCAUUCUUGGUACUAAGCUUACUCUCUUGUUUCUCGCCAUCCCUCUCGCCAUUCUCGCCAAUUCUUACCACUACGGUCGUCCGUUGAUAUUUGGCCUGAGCUUGAUAGGGCUGACACCUCUAGCUGAGCGAGUUUUGGAAUUGGUUGGAAACGCAGCGAGGGAUAACAAGAAGACUAGGUUGGUGCCACGUCACAUUAAUCUUGCGGUGUGGAACGAUGAUGAGCCGAGCAAGUUGCAAAGAAUGUUGGUGGCUGAGAGAUGGAGAUUCAACAGAGGAAAAGCCAGGCUAUUCAUGGUAAAAAAACUUCUACAAGAUGGAACUUGGAGUAAAGUGUUCAAUGUGAUAUUUUGCAAAGGAUCAAAAGUUGGAGACCUUAAUCAUCUCAUUUAUGCAACCCUGAUAGAUGCAGUUCUUGGAGACCUUAAUCAACUUGAGCAUGGGGAGAGGAACAGGAGAAAGCUAGUUAGGCUUCAAGAAGUUCGUCUCUUUCCUUCACCUCUAAAAGUUGCUUGCUUUUACUAUUUUAAGCUAGCUGGCCUCAUGAAGCAACUAGCUUUCUACACUGGUCCAACAGUGGGAGGUUUGUUGAACGCGACUUGUGGAAACGCAACGGAGCUGAUAAUCGCGAUACUAGCGUUGGCCAAUAACAAAGUGGCAGUGGUGAAAUACUCUCUAUUGGGUUCAAUUCUCUCAAACCUUCUCUUGGUUCUUGGCACUUCCCUCUUCUUUGGUGGUAUCGCCAAUAUCCGCCGCCAGCAGCGGUUCGACCGGAAACAAGCCGAUGUGAACUUCUUCUUGCUGCUUAUGGGUCUGUUGUGCCAUUUGCUGCCAUUAUUGUUAAAAUAUGCAGCAACCGGUGAAGCAUCGACCUCUCUGAUUAACAAAAUGUCGCUCAGUCUCUCGCGGACAAGCAGCAUAGUUAUGCUUAUUGCUUACAUUGCUUAUCUCAUCUUCCAGCUCUGGACUCACCGCCAAUUUUUUGAGGCACAAGAGGAUGAUGAUGAUGAUGCAUAUGAUGAUGAGGUUACAGUUGAAGAAACUCCAGUGAUAGGAUUCUGGAGCGGAUUUGCUUGGCUCGUUGGGAUGACAAUCCUCAUCGCAUUGCUAUCAGAGUAUGUUGUGGCCACGAUCGAGGAUGCAUCGGACUCAUGGGGACUAUCAGUGAGUUUCAUAAGCAUCAUAUUGCUUCCCAUUGUUGGGAACGCGGCUGAGCACGCUGGAGCCAUCAUUUUCGCAUUCAAGAACAAGCUCGACAUAUCUCUAGGGGUUGCGUUGGGCUCUGCAACUCAGAUUUCUUUGUUCGUGGUCCCAUUGAGUGUUAUCGUUGCGUGGAUCCUAGGAAUAAAAAUGGAUCUCAACUUCAACAUCCUUGAAACUAGCUCUCUAGCUUUGGCCAUUAUCAUCACAGCCUUCACUUUACAGGAUGGAACUUCUCAUUACAUGAAGGGACUGGUUCUAUUGUUGUGCUAUGUCAUCAUCGCGGCCUGUUUCUUCUUCGACCAAAUUCCCCAACAUCAACCAAAUGACAGAGCGAUUCUCACUUUUCACCGUAUCCCUUCCCUCAAUUCCUCCUUACUAACCUUUUCUCCGGCCAAAUCCGGCACCGUUCACUUUCGCCGCCGUGUCCUGCGAAAUUCACCUCGCGGAGAUUUCGGUUUAGGUAGAUUCGCGUGCAUUUCUCUGGUGGAGAAAUGUGGUGAGCAGAGAGAAUUCGCUCCGACGACGGCUCAGCUCUUGAACAAUCCUCUUGCUAUUCUUGCUCUUGUUCCAAAAGAUGCUGCUAUCUUCGCCGCCGGUGCUAUUGCCGGAGCCGCCGCUAAAACUGUUACUGCUCCUCUUGACCGUAUCAAACUUCUUAUGCAGACACAUGGUAUACGACUUGGACAUCAGACUGCCAAGAAGGCGAUAGGAUUUAUCGAGGCAAUCACUUUGAUAGCUAAAGAAGAAGGAGUGAAAGGUUAUUGGAAGGGAAAUUUACCUCAGGUGAUAAGAGUGUUACCUUACAGUGCGGUCCAGCUUUUGGCUUAUGAGAGUUACAAGAACUUGUUCAAAGGUAAAGAUGAUCAGCUCUCAGUAAUCGGAAGACUUGCGGCUGGUGCUUGUGCUGGCAUGACAUCUACUUUGUUGACAUACCCUCUAGAUGUUUUGCGAUUGAGGUUGGCUGUCGAACCUGGGUAUCGAACAAUGUCUCAGGUUGCUUUGAGUAUGCUCCGUGAUGAAGGAAUCACAUCUUUCUAUUACGGUCUAGGACCUUCUCUAGUGGGGAUAGCUCCAUACAUUGCUGUAAACUUUUGUAUCUUCGAUCUGGUGAAGAAGUCUUUACCGGAGGAAUAUAGACAGAAGGCGCAAUCGUCCCUACUCACAGCUGUUCUUUCAGCUGGUAUUGCAACACUGACAUGUUACCCUCUAGACACUGUGAGACGACAAAUGCAAAUGAGAGGAACUCCAUACAAAUCAAUUCCGGAGGCAUUUGCUGGAAUUAUAGACCGUGAUGGGCUUAUAGGCUUGUACCGCGGCUUUUUACCCAAUGCAUUGAAAACUCUACCAAACAGCAGUAUUAGGCUUACAGCUUUCGACAUGGUAAAACGCCUUAUCGCCACAAGUGAGAAGCAGCUUCAAAAGAUCAACGAUGAUAAUCGGAAUCGAGACCAAGCUCAAUAGCCUCAUUUUUUAAAUAUAAUUGUUUCACAUGA